AUGGCCAAUCUCAUACUUCCUACUCGAUACCAGGAGACCAAUGAUGGCUGGGUCCGUGAGGACGACGAUCAACAACCCACCAGCACCCUCCACAACCAUGUGCUCGAUGCAAAAGACAAGUUCAUUAUCAGCUCAUUUGACGCCAACGUCAUGAAGUUGAAGAUCACGGUCGGAGUGAGAAAGGACAUUUGCACCUGGGAAGAGACNCCUGAUCCCAACGCCUUCCAUUAUGAAUUCGUUCCACAAUGCCAAGGUCGCCAGCGUACUAUACCUACCCGCUUUCACGAAGAACAAGUCCAAGUUUGCCUGGAGAACAACUGGAUCCCCAUGGUUGAUUAUCUCGAGGAGGAGUCUAAGAAGGAUGAGACGAACCCCAACUACGUUACUCUCCUCUGUCCCGAAAACAGAACAAAGUUGGUGCUCAAAGCCCAGCAGAAAUGGUGGGAUGCAAACAAGAAGUCCUUCCCAUUCCUUGAACUGCCCAGCGAAUUGAGAAACGGAAUCUACCGCCAUGCUGCUCCUCAGGACGCCAUCGAACCCUACGCUCGACACUGUAUGCGCGGCAGAGGCAUGCCACACAUCAACGAUCGUAACGACAUGGUCUCCGAUCUGCUCAGAUGCAACAAGGUUGUCGCUCAGGAGAUGCGCGCAUACAUGUUCAGAUGCCUUCCUCUACUCAUCAACCACGGACGACUGCUCAGCAAGACUCUGCGCCGAAAUCUCGAGUUUCCUCGCAAGUUGCUUACUCACCUCACCUUGGCCUUCCCUACCCACCGAGAUAUCAUCAACAUUUUUGGGCUCAACGCCAGAAACAUCAAUACCGAUGAGGAAAUCACUAUAGAGGGUAAGGAAUUCACAGCUCUGUCUCUAUGCCGUGACCAAUUGCCUUUCAUCAAGAAGCUGGAGAUUAUCAUUCCAUCUCGCGAGGUGCUCGACAAGACGUACGUGAACUACUGCCAUACCGACGCAACCACAAUGCUACUCGAAAUCAUGUGGCCCUACAUUCAAGGCCACCCCGUCGUCCUCGGUGGCAUGGUCAAGAAGUGGCAGAAGAAGUUAUGGGAGAAAAAGCUCGCCCAGGCCCACAAGGAGUACGAAGAGAGUCUGGCUGAUACUGAAGUCGGCGGCGUUCAAAUCACUCAGGAGGACCGUGACAGAUACGAUGGCAAAGCAGAACACAACGACUAUGACGAGGAUGGAAACUGCUGUGAUUGCGCCAAGUCUUGCUGUUUGCUUCAUUACGAGGAGCCCGAGGACGAAUACGAGUACCAUAUCCCAUUCAUCUGCCAAUGCGAUCCGCCAUGCUUGUGGGGCAAGUGGACCGACGGAGAUCGCAUCAGAGACAAGGACGAGGAUGAGGAUUGA